CAUCUCUGCUCUCUUUUUUCUAUUCCAUCUCUCUCUCUCUCUCUCUCUGCGCAACUGUUUCAUAUGUCCACAAGCUUCCAAAGAAAUAGAAUUAAUGGAAAGUGAGAUUUGCAGGGUUUAUUCUCUUCUAGGAUGAAACAGCAGCAAACACAAACCCACAUGGUCAGCUGCAGGACGUUCAUGGGUGUCUCUCUCACAAUCACUACUUCAAAACAUUCCCAUGGCACAUAAACACCAGAUUCAGGAAUCAUUUUCUUUAUUACUAAUAUUCCAUGGCUCAAGUCUUUGAGACCACCAAGCAAUAUUCCUGCAAUCUCAAGAACAAUCCAAACUUCUAUUAUUUGGGGUCGGUCAACAGUCCGAAAUGACCAUGGUUCCUCCUGCUGCUCAUCAUCAAAACAUACCCAACCAACAACAACAACACAAUCUCUACGGCGGUUAUGGUGGUUGUGGUUCCAAUUACACGGCGGAGAUCAGCAAUUUCGGUCUUAUGAAUACUAGUCAAGUUGUAGAAGAAGGUUAUGAGUAUAACAAUUAUUGCAAUAAUAUUGUUAUUGAAUCUGAUCAUCAUCAUCAUCAUCAGCAGCAGCUAGCGGGAAUUGAUUCAAUGGCCGAGGAUGAGUCGAGAACUAACAGCGUAAACGAAGCAGGUUCGAGUUCUAAAGAUGCUCCGGAAGAUAACAAAACAUGGCUCCAAUUGACUAUAGGCGGCGGCUCUAACAACCACCCACCUGCGACUACAGAACAUCCAACCCUCAGAAGCUUACGAAGUAGUACUACUCCUUCCCGUCCCGGAUUGGUUGAACUUGAUCUUGAUCUAUUACCACCAGGCCAUGAUCAAGGUGGUUUUUCGUCAUUACGGCAAGUGAGGUCCAUGCCACAUAUGCCUCCAAUCUUUCAUGUUUCUCAACACGAAAAUAUUUUCCGUGCUUCUCCUUCGAAUCCGUCUUUCAGGCCUCCGUUUAAUUCGAGUAACGCUACGGCUUUAUACUUCCAGCAACCGGGGCCGGGAAUGAGUAGCUCCUCGUCGGGUUUAUUUCCUCACCAGGACGUUAACUGGGCAUUUAGGCCAGCAAUCCCUCAUAAUAAUAUAGGGAUGAUGGCUUCUACUUCAUCUUCUUCUGCUUCCUCUUUUAUACAACUGGGUUCAUCCUAUUUUGCACGCCCGUUCCACCAUCCUCUUCAUGAAUUUAAUGUCGCCGGACCGAGCUUAGAUUUCAGAGUUGUUGAUCCUCCGAGAAGGCCCCAAUCUGGCAUUUGGUUUACGCUCCAAGCAUCCCAAAAUCAAGCAAAAGAACCAUUCUUGCCCCAGAUACCCAAAAGCUACUUAAGAAUCAAGGAUGGAAGAAUGACAGUUCGGUUGAUAAAGAAGUAUCUGGUUAACAAGCUGAGAUUGGAUAGCGAAUCAGAGCAGGUAGAGAUAACAUGUAGAGGACAGGAGCUUCUACCUUUCUUGACGUUGCAGCAUGUAAGAGACAACAUCUGGAGUCUAAGGGACGCACUCACUUUGCUUCCAGACUCCUCAACCACUGAUCAUGUCAUGGUGCUGAACUAUGCUAGGACCACGACGAUGACGAAGACGACGACUACUACAACCGCUUGAUUAAAGCUACUCCUCGAUUGAGAGUUUUUCCCCAUAAUUUGAUCGAUCGUUCGGGUCCCAUGUUCUUGUAUCAUUGUUUAUUUAAUUAUGCAAAACCCCUUGGCCCUUUCCUCGUUUUGGCAUUCUUUUACUCUUUCCCCCCCCCUUAAUUUAUAAUGGUUUUUUCUUUUUCUCUUCACUUCUCACUUCUCUAAUUGUUGGAGAACAAUACCCCAAAAUCAGUAUUUAUUAUACGGUUUCGGGGCUAAUGACCUUAAUUAAUCCAACUGUAUCUCUAAGCU